UAUUUGAUAAAAAUUGUCCUAAUAUACAAAAAGAUUGUAUAAAUGGAAAAAGAUAUACACCUUUGAAAAGACAAUGGUUUACACCUGAAUUACAUAUAUUGAGAACUUUUGUGAUUUUAUGUCAUGAAUUAUAUAAAGCAAACCAUGAAUUUAAAUCUACAUAUAAUAAGUUAAAAUCUCAAUAUAAGACCCAAAUUAGGAUAGCUAAACAGAAAGCUAAUGAUGAUUAUAUAAACAAUUCCAGAAAUAAAUGCAAGUCAGCCUGGAGAGUCAUUAAUGCAGAAAUAAACAAUAAUAACCUUAGGGAUAAUGAUACUGCUAUAUCUGCUACAGAUUUUAAUUUAUAUUUUACAAAUGUGUGUGAAAGUGUUAGGCCUAAUGACCAUGAUGUUAAUUUAGAUCUUGUUUUACAACUUUUAAAUCAUAAAAAAAUAAAUCUUGGUGUAAAAACCUUUAAAUGGUCUGCAGUAACAAUAAAAGAUGUAAGCAAGAUUAUAAAUAGAUUGAGUAAUUCUCAUUCAGAAGAUUAUUAUGGUUGUUCAAAUUAUUUAAUCAAGCAACUACAAGAUGUUUUAAUAUUUCCGAUUACUUUAUUGAUAAACUGGAUGUUUCGGGAAGGUAUUUUUCCUAAUUGUUUAAAAAUAGCUGUGACUAUUCCCAUCUAUAAAAAAGGUGAUAAAAAGAACCCUAAUAAUUAUAGGCCUAUAUCGCUUGUACCUGUCAUAUCUAAAAUAGUGGAAAGUAUUAUGAAAGAUCAAUUAGUGAAUUACUUUGAAAAUAACAAUCUUUUUACACUAUCACAGUUUGGUUUUAGAAAUGGUAUGUCUACAUGUAAAGCGGUUGAAAAUCUUGUAAAAUAUGUUUUAGAUGGAUUUGAGUCAAAUACUAAUGUAUCUUCAAUAUUUUUAGAUUUAAGUAAGGCCUUUGAUAUAGUAAAUCAUAAAAUAUUAAUUGAAAAACUUAAAUUUUAUCGAAUAGAACACUUAGAACUAAGGUUAUUGUCAUCCUAUCUGGAUAACAGGAUGCAAACAGUUAAAAAAAAGAUAAAAAGUCAGGUCUAUUGCCUAAUAAAAAUGGUGUACCACAAGGAUCAGUUCUUGGGCCCUUGUUGUUUUUAAUUUUUAUAAAUGACUUGCCUGAUUAUAUGUUUAAUGGGAAAUGUAUUUUAUAUGCUGAUGAUACUACUUUUUUAACUUAUGAUAGUGAUCCUGAUAUUUUAAGAACUAAAAUUGAACAAGCUAUGGAAAAGUUUUAUUACUGGUUUAAAACCAAUAAGUUAGUUGUAAAUAAUGAUAAAACAGAAGCUAUAACUUUUACAUUAAAACCCUCUCUAGACAUUAAAACUGUUAAAUUUUUAGGUAUUUAUUUAGAUAGUAAAUUAAAUUGGGAUUCACACACAACUGCUUUAUGUAAACGUCUUUCUAGAGUAAUUUAUUUACUUAGAAAGUUGAAAUAUUGUACUAGUCAACAAUUAGUAAUUAAUUCAUACUACGCCUUUUUUCAUGUAUGGUAUUUUACUGUGGGGCAAUUCACCCGGAGCCAAAAGAGUUUUUAUAUGGCAAAAAAAAGCUAUAAGAAUUAUCGCUGGAAUUACUGAAAGACAAUCAUGUAGAGAACAUUUUAUAAAUUUGAAAAUACUUACAUUACCUUGUAUAUUUAUAUUACACUGCUUAUUGUAUGUUAAAAGUAAUUUACAAACUUUGAUUUUAAGAAAUAAUGUACAUAAUUAUAAAACCAGAAAUAGAUAUCUUAUUGAUGUUAGUUAUAAACGAUUGCGUAAAUCUCAUAUGGGUUUUGAAAAUGUAAGUGUAAAUUUUUUUAAUAGAUUACCAUUGUGUGCUAGGGCUAUAUCCAUUGAUAGGUUUAAACAAAGCCUAGAAAAAUGUCUAAUAGCUAAACCUUUAUACUCUUUAGAUGAAUGUAACAAUUUAAAUUUUAAUGACAUUAAGUUUGAGUAAGGUAUAAGAAAAUUAAGUUGUUUUCUCUUUAAUUUACUAAUGUAAACUUAUAUAUUAUAUAUUAUGUAUUCUGACUUGACAAUGUCUAUUGCACUCUGUGUUUAACGACAAUAAAGAUUAUGAUUAUGAUUAGGUACCACGUUUGCCGGUGUGGUGACUCGGCUGCCGCCAUGCUCGAGUCAGUUAGCUGAAACGUUUGAUUUGAAUUGAUUGUUACGCUUGCUCGUAAGUGGGCUUUCACCUGGGGGCAAGGAGCCCUCCCAUUUCACUACUUUCCCCCCUCCCCCCACUUUGAUAGUAUUUUGUAAUCUUAAUACAGUGAAGUAAAUUGGUUUUGUGCUUUAAUAACAUAGUCAAGGCCUUUGCAGGUAAAAGGGUCUUGAUUAAAGUCAAAAAGUAGCAAAAUGGAGUAAGUUAAUGCCUUAAAUUGUUUACAAACAAUAUUUCAUUUAGUGACAUCUUGUUUAGAUUAAUAAUAUUUAAAUUCCUUGUAUACUGAUUGAGCUAGGUACUGACUUGGAUAUUUUUCAAGUUACAGUUUCCCCCUUUAUUAGGAAAAUAGUAAUUGUUUAAUUUAAUUUUUGCAACUUCUUGACUUAAGUGAUGUUUGGCAGUAUACCGACAAUUAUAUAAAAGAAAAGGGGGAUUUUUGUAAAUUUUUAAUUUUCUUCACAGCAACUCACCACCUUUCACUGUGGUUGUGGUGGUAGAUAGACCUUGGUCUACCAUAGAUUCUAAGAGGGCUCGGUGGAAGUGGCUGUGUGUCUUAUUUAAUUUUUUUUUUUUUUUUUUAAUUUUUGACUACAUUUUCCCAAUAAUGUCCAUGGCAACAGCUAUUGCAUAGUUGAUGCUUCCUGUCUCCAUGGUAAUGGUUAUUGCAUCGUUAAUGCCAGGUGCUAAUAUUUGAAUUUGUUAAAUGUGCCAGGAAUGCCCUUGGACUGCCUUAAACUGAUGGUGGGCUCGCAGAUCAUUUUUCUGUAGAAGAUUGUGAUAUGUUCUUACUUGGCAACUCAGGGUAGCAGGUGUUGCAGCUAGGUAGUAUCGGUUAAAUAAAUUUGAACUUGAAGGUCCGUAGAUAACUGUUCAAUCCAGUAUUUCUUCCAGUUAUAUUAGUUAGAACAACUGUUUUUUUUUUGUUUAAUGCAGCAGUAGCAUACCCAGGAGAAGGGGCAUGUAUAGUGUCCACCUGUGGAUUGCCGUAGCAAAGUACAGGUGCAUCAGCUAGUUUUACAUAAACAAUCAGCUAACACAGUUCACAAAGUUCAUUAUUAUGUGUGAAAUUUAGUAUGCUGGAAAAUUUUUUCAAUCUUACGUUUUAUUUCAGGAGGCAUCAAAAGUCUUAUAACUCUUUGGAAUUACAGAAUCGUAACCAUGUGUCUGAACAGUAAGCUACGUUCUCAGUAGGAAAUGAAGAAUGAAAGCAUUGCUUUUGAGAACAUUGUAUAAUGAAAAUAUAAUGAAAUUUUUUUGAAAUAUUUUAAGAAGCAAUGGAGGAAUACAAGUUGGAGCAUGGCUUCCACCAACAACUGAACAGCCCCACAUUAUUGCCAUUGUACUCUGCCGAUAAGUUGUGCGUGAAGAACGAGGCAGCGCCCGAUAACAGAAAAGACAUAAAAGAAGGAAGAAGCAUAGAAGAAAUUAUGAAUGUUGGUGACAAUUCAGAAUAUGCUAGAGCGAUGCAGAGAAGCGACGAAGCGCUCUACAACGUCAGGGGCAUCGCGGUGGAAGGACAGCACUACAUGGCCUCGAGCUGCGUCCAGCGCAGCUGCAACAUGCUGCAGCAGGCGUGGCACGGCUUCGACGCGGCCGAGCUGAAGACUCGGCUGCAGGGCCAGCUGGAGAUGCCCAAGAACAACAAGAAGCUCUCGGAGGCCGGCACCGAGACGGAGAGGUUCGUGGGCAUGAUGGACCAGAGCGCGGAGGCCGGCUGCAGCAAGAAGCAGUUCUCGUGCGGCAUGUGCCUGGCCAAGUUCGAGGAGAAGUACAUGCUGACUAACCACAUCUGCACGCACGUCGACUCGAAGCCCCCGCUCUGCGCCCCGCACCCGCCCAAGUCGGCGGCCGGCCGCCACGCCGGCGAGAAGCCCUUCUGCUGCCCCGUGUGCGCCGCCGAGUUCUUCAGCAAGUCCAACCUGACGAGACACAUGCGCAUGCACAACGGCGACAAGGGCCUCACCUGCACGGUGUGCGCGGCCAAGUUCAAGCAGAAGGAGGCGCUGCGUGCCCACAUGUGCACGCACACCGGCGAGAAGGGCUUCUCGUGCUCGCUGUGCAGCGCCAAGUUCACCACCAAGUGCGAGAUGACUAGGCAUGUCUGCGUGUACAGCGGCGAGCGCCCCUUCGUGUGCUCCAUCUGCUCGGCCAAGUUCGGGGACAAGGACUCCCUGCGCAGUCACGUGUACACGCACAUCCGCCAGAAGAGCUACUCGUGCACGCUCUGCACGGCCAAGUUCACCCACAAGUCGGAGCUGAACGACCACACGCGCACGCACGGCCGACUGCCCUUCUCUUGCCUCGUGUGCACCACCAAGUUCGCACGGCGGUGCGAGCUGGAGAGACACCUGUGUUCCUUCGUACCUUCCUUGCCCAGCACUCAGAGCUAAGUUCUUACAUGUAGGCUUCAGAUACAAAACUUUCACGUACUAUAUUGAUGGCUAGAUGUUUCAAUUGUACACAAGUACAAAAUUGAUGCUAUAUUCCAGUUAAGAAGACAGUCUUUUUGGCAUUCAAGUUAACUAACUUUUGAGGUAGUCCGUAUUCCCACAUAGCUACUAACACUAAUUGUAUCUCACUUUUCAUAGAUGCCAAGUCUUAAUUUGUAGGGAGUAUUUUAGUUUGUAAAUGAUUGUAAAUUAUGUGUAACUUUUAAAUCAUAUAUAUAUAUAUAAAGCUUACUAAAGUAGAAUUUUGAAGCAUGUACAUUAGAAAUAGGUAUGUGCAAUAAAUAAGUUAGUGCAAUUUUUUUACUUAAUAUUGUCCUAGUUUUUUUAGAUCAUUGAAAUUAAAAAUGGUCACUUUUUUAUUUACCGUACAAGCUGUGUGUUAUUACUGUUAAGUACCGUGAUCACGGCUCGAUGGUUUUAGUGUUUGGCAGCAAUAAUGAAGAUGUAUUUAAGUUUGCAUCAGGUUGCUGUAAUUUUAUUUGAAGUUAUGUUCAAAUUACUGACUUUUUUUAUAUAUGGACAUGAUGAAUGGACAUGCAAGAUAAACUUUUUUUAUAAAAAAAACUUAUUUUUACAUUAGGUAUUGUUACAUUGCUUGUUUUUAUAAGUAUUGCAUGAGAUUGUCUUUUUAUUAAAUGUUUUUCUCUGCAGUCCUGUUUAAUAAAAGAACAUAUUGUUUGAACUGCC